AUACACGCCAACCGGUGGUAAUAAUCUUAUCUUCACCCCAAAAAUGGUAGCAACAGUGGGUAAAGUUUUGAUCGCCUUGGCUAUAACAAUAAUCGUGAGCUGGGGAUGGAAAGUACUAUAUUGGGUCUGGUUGAAGCCAAAGAAGCUAGAGAAGUUGUUGAGAAAACAAGGGUAUAAAGGUAAUUCAUACAAGUUGCUGAUUGGUGACAUCGUAGAGCUUGCAACAAUGGUGAAGGAAGCUAGAUCAAAGUCUAUUCAUCCCAUCUCCCAUGAUAUUUCUUCACAUGUCAUGCCUUUUGAUCACCAUGUCUUCAACAAAUACGGUAAAAAGUCAUAUAUAUGGUUCGGGCCAAACCCGAGGAUUUUUAUCAUGGACCCAGAACUGAUCAAGGAGAUAUUAUCAAGACCCGACGAGUUUCAGAAGCCGCAUCCUGAGGCAUUCCGUGAUAGCAUCGUUGGUGGACUUGUAAUCUCUGAGGGUCGUAAAUGGGAAAGUCAUCGUCAAAUAAUCAGUCCAGCUUUUAAUGUUGAAAGUAUGAAGAGUAUGUUCACAGCAAUUUGUUCGAGCUGUAGUGAAAUGACCAAGAAAUGGGAGCUUCUCACUGCGUCAACUGGUGUGGUGGACGUUGAUGUUUGGCCCUACAUCGAUGACUUUGCUGGAGAUGUCAUUUCAAGAACAGCAUUCAGCAGCAGUUUCGAGGAAGGAAAGAAGAUAUUUCAAAUCCAAAAGGAACAAAUGGAUCUUGCUAUCCAACUGUUGUUCAUACUUUAUCUUCCUGGAGCAAGGUACCAAUGA